AUGUUUAAUAAUAGUACACUAUCAACAACAGCAAUAACUAUACAACCAAAACGAGACUAUUAUGUGACAAAUCCAUUUGAUUCAUGGUAUGUUGGCGGUAUUUUAUUUAUGUGUACCGUUAUGUUCGUAUUACUCUAUGCAAAUUAUUAUCGUGAAAAUGCUUGUCAUAACUGUUGGAUGCGUGUAUUAGGAAAAUUUGGUCUCACACAACCAUUAUCAAUAUCUUCGCAUCGUUCUUCAUUGAAUCAUAUUAACAAUGCAGUUCUUGUUUAA